AUGGAUCGCACGAGUAAGCUUCUCUUCCAACGCCUCAAGACUCCAAAUGGCCACACUUAUGAACAACCACUUGGACUGUUCAUCAACAAUGAAAUCGUCGCAUCGUCUUCUGGUCGCCAAAUUACGGCUAUUGACCCAGCGUGCGUAUAUAUCACCAAAGGGAGGAAUAAAAAAAUUAAUUUCAGAAUCAGAACGGAGGAAACGAUCGCCAGCGUCCAAGCUGCUGGGGCUGAAGAUGUAGAUAAAGCUGUGCAGUCUGCCAAAAGGGCUUUGCAACAUCCGUCAUGGAAACUAUUACCAGGCACAGAGCGAGGCAAGUUGAUGUCUAAGCUGGCAGAUCUCAUCGAGGAGAAUCAAGAACUCCUGGCGUCAAUUGAUGCUUGGAAUAACGGUCAGUUCGAUAUUACCACCAUAAUCACGUUUUCCAAGUCUUGAUUUACUGACUCGGUAUAGGCAUGCCUUACUCGGCGGCACUAGCAGAGGAUAUACCCGAUGCCAGCAAUACCAUCCGUUAUUUUUCUGGUUGGGCUGAUAAGAUAUUUGGUCAAACAAUAAGUACGACACCGGGGCAGAAAUUUGCCUAUACGAUCCGUCAACCGAUUGGUGUCGUUGCUCAAGUCAUCCCAUGGAACUAUCCCUUGCUCAUGGCCUCUUGGAAACUUGCUCCAGCGCUGGCUUGUGGUAAUACUGUUGUUUUGAAGGCUGCCGAGCAGACGCCUUUGAGCAUUCUAGUGUUGGCGCAACUCGUUAAAAAGGCUGGUUUCCCUCCAGGUGUGGUGAACUUCAUUAACGGCUUCGGACCAGAAGCUGGUUCAGCUCUAGUGCAGCACCCUUUGGUGGAUAAAGUUGCCUUCACCGGGUCUACAGCGACAGCUCAAUCGAUUAUGUCCCUGGCAUCGCGCACCCUGAAAAACAUCACCCUCGAGACCGGAGGCAAAUCACCUCUUUUAGUGUUUGCCGAUGCCAACCUUGAGCAAGCGGUGAGAUGGGCACAUCUUGGAAUUAUGUCCAACUCCGGACAGGUUUGCACUGCAACGAGCCGAAUCCUGAUUCAAAGGGAGAUUUACAAGUCUUUCGUGCCUAAAUUCCGCGAAACGAUUGAUACAAGAUCUGUCAUCGGGGACCAAUGGCAGGAAUCCGCAUAUCAAGGGCCACAGGUAUCGAAAGUACAAUUCGAACGAGUGUUAUCAUACAUACAGAUUGGUAAGGAAGAAGGGGCGACGUUACUUAUAGGUGGUCAGCCAUGUCCGAUCCACGGCAAAGGGUACUACAUCCAGCCAACCGUUUUCACUGACGUCCAAGACUCUAUGAGAAUCUACCGGGAAGAAAUUUUCGGACCAUUUGCCGUCCUCUCCAUCUUUGACGACGAAUCCGAGGCUAUCUCAAGGGCAAAUAACACCACAUACGGGCUCGGGGCCAGUGUUUUCACUAACGACCUUCAAAGAGCACACCGUAUCGCAGAGGAGAUUGAAGCCGGUAUGGUUUGGAUUAACAGCAGCCAGGAUUGUGACUUCCGGGUUCCAUUUGGAGGAGUCAAGCAGAGCGGUAUUGGACGAGAACUGGGGGAGGCAGGCUUGGAAGCGUACAGUCAAGUGAAAGCUAUUCAUGUCAACAUGGGGAGCAUGAUAUGA